AUGGGUUAUUCUGCUUCAAGUGUUACAAUACUCACUUCUUGCUACGAUCCUGGGAAUUCUGAUUUGUUAUGUUGCCUCCACUUUCAUCCUUUUAAGAAUCAGGGAGUCUGCGCGAUUUUCUUACACUUCCUGUCAUCGGAGCUCCAUCUGUCUAUUCCUGUCUCAUUCACUGUCAAAACAAUACUCUUAGCCAUCUUUCUGGGAAUUGUAGUUCCUGUCGUUACGGUUCUACCUGUCAUUUACCAGCUCUUUCAAGAAAUGGAGCGAUCUGUCCACUCAGAUGGCAAUCAAGUGAUUGAAUAUGAAAUCCACACCGCAAAAGAGAAACCGUUAAUAUCCUAUUUCAUAACAACGAUUUGCCUCAUGGUUGUGGUUUGUGGAACAGCGAUUUAUUACUUCCUUCCUUUGGGAUUCAUCAGCAAUGAUAUGACCAUCGUUUUCUAUGUGUUUAUGCUCAUUCUCAUUCUGUUCAUCGUGGGACUUGUUCUCCUUGUUCUCCCGAUUCUUCAUCCCUUCUCCCGAAUCAUCCAAUACAUCUGCGGCUUGUUCUGCUCCAGAGGAGUCUGCAUCUAUUCGCGUUUUUCUAUUCGGAACAACCACAAACGAAUUCAUUCCAUCCAGCUCGCGAUUCUCUUUGGCUACUCCCUGAUUCUUUUCAUUUCAACCAUUGCUCAGUCGCAAACUUCCCUCCUUUUCAUCAAUCUGAAAUACUACUACGGCUCUGCCAUUAGUUUUUCGACUUCUCCCGCGGAUCCGAACUCCGUUUCCUCCCUCGUUUCACAAAUGGAGCGAGAUCCCAUGCUGUCCUCUCUCACAUUUGACUGGAUUUCAAAUCCGAUUCUCAACGAAGACACUUCGUUCCCCGUUCUUUCUUCGAUCGGUCGUGUUGUUGAGCGUCCUGCUCGUCUGUUCCAAUUGGAAUACUCUUUGAUUUGUAGUCUCGCUGUUUCAGACGAGCUCUUCACAACACUGUUCUCUGUGUGGAUUGGAGACAAUGCAGCGCAGCUCAACCAAGCGAUUUCCUCUUCCUCCCUUCCGAAUUCUCCAACCAUUUCAGCCAUUUUCCCUUCCAAUUUGAAAGACGUCUUCUACUCAGACCUUGAUUCCAGCGAAUUCAAACUCCUCAAAGACGAUCAGCAGUUCUCCAUUCGGCCACUCGUUUCGACUCGUUGGUUGUCUCCUUUAAUCUCCUUUUCUCCACCUCUCACGUACGUCAACGAUGGUCCCUCGCCUCUUCUCUCUUCUCUUUCCGAGUUCAGCAAACUCUCUUCAAACAUCACAGUGGACUCGGUGUACAUCAAAGUGCCUGGGCAGGACGAAUCACUCCCAAUCAACGAAAUCGAGCGCAUCGUUGAUUACCUAGCAUCCAACUAUCCCUCCAUUAACGUGAAAACGAUCAUCAGCGAAUACAAAGUUCAUUCAUUUCGUCCAUGA